AUACGGACAGAGUUUGUGACGCGUCACUGUCGGCUUGCCUCCACCCCCAAGGAAGCCUCAGAGCAAGACCCCUCAAGCCUUCGCACUCGCCCAGAAGCGAAGGUUCUUUCAACAAGAUCAAGUCAGCCAUUCGCGCCCGGAAAGAGGCGGAAGAGGAAAGGAAGACCAUUGAGGCAGAGUGCCGCGCCCUAAUCUGCCCGACCGCUUCCUUGUUACAUGCGGCCAUGAAUCCAAAUUGCAACACAUCCGGUGAUGCCAGCGAACGUCGCGGUUGCCCGCGCGAGCCCUUCCGAAAGCCAACCGUGUUUCAGCAGUUGCAAUCUACCUGCGACGAUGGCGACAUCACGUCUGAGGCCGAGGAGUGUCUGCGUCCCAUGAAACUGAGUGCCUUGACAAAGGCGAUAUUGGGAGUUAAUUAUCACUCCGACGUGUCAUCGCCCGGCGAAUCGAGUCUUGCUGAACGCGCACCGCGUACCCCUAACAAGUCAUGCAUUCCAGGUCCGGUACGGCCAACCUCUGGGGACCAGGAGUCCCUGUGGAGGUGUUCCCAGGAACGGGAGAAUCGGCCAUCGUCCACUCCUCCCAGUUCGAUCCGGUCGCGGGUUGCCUCUAGGAGAAGCUCAAUCCCGACAGCCCGCAGGUCAGCAUCUGCUGCCAGCAACAAAUCGUCACCCGCAAUGAAUCCAGCCGACAGCGCUCGCCCACGGAAGCGCGUCGUGCGGCUUCAUUCAAAUUCUUCGGCGAAUGCGGCCAACAACUCGAGCUUCACGCCGGGGUAUUUGCGGAGAACAGUCUCGUCCUCUACUAAAGUGAAGAGACCCGAGAGCUCCGACGGCCCAAAGUUAGCCAAGCCCAUAUCCCCUGUUAGUCAACAAGAAACGUCGGUCGAAACGCCCGAAAUCCCCGUGAGGACCGUGAGAAUCGCCCUGGGCUCCUCCGGUCAUAAACGGACGUCAGCGGCUUCGUCCAGUGCCCUCUCCAUUCACAAUACCCGUUCUGCGAGCCGUGAAGUCGGACCCGGCUCCGCCUCUAUCACUCGACCAUCCGUCCCCGCUGUUAAAAGGGCCGUCAAGACCCCGGGCGGCUACCUUUCUGGUCCGGCUCGCCGCGGACUCAGGAGGCAGAGCGAGGAAGUACCAAAGCUUCAGGAGAGCAACGUUUGUGAACAGUUGCUCCAGGUCCGGAAUCAGCAGGCUCCGCUAUCAUCGGCGUCGAACCCUACUGGUACUGUAGAAUCGGGCAGCCCAUUGAGCAAACAGAGGUUCUCGCAGAUCCGAGACCGACAGGCUCCGCCGUAUUCGGCGUCGAACCCUGUUGAUUUCGUCGCAUCAGGAAGCCCCACCAAUAACCAGAGGCCCUCCCAGGUCCGGAAGCGACAGGCUCCGCCAUUACUGGCGUCGAACCCUGUCGAUUCUGAUGUAUCGGGUAGUCCGGUUGUUGCUCCCGUCCCGCUCGACAAACCCCAAAAUGACGACAAGGAGAAUGAAGCUCCGUCCAUGGCUCGCCUCAUGAUCCACGGCAAGGACAGCGCACUGGUCUCGAGCAAUCGUCCCAAUCAGAGGCAGGCACCGCCUCCACCUCCCAAGAUGUCGGUUGUCGACACAGUCACUACCUCUGCCGGCGCCUCCACCGCUGGCCAGGGCAGCAGGAAGAAGCAGUUCCUGUUCCGCAUCAAUGGCAGGUCGUACACAAGAAUUGACACACUCGGUCGCGGCGGGUCGGGUAAGGUCUACCGCGUCUCAGCCGAAAGCGGCAAGCUCCUGGCUCUGAAACGAUUAUCUCUCGGGACUCUCAACGAAAAGACAAAAAGCUUCCAGUGGCAGGAGGUCGAUCUGCUAAAGCGGUUGACUGGAGUUGACCGGGUGGUCCAAAUGAUAGACUACGAGUACAGCCCCUCGAAGGAGACGCUCAGCCUUGUGCUGGAAGCAGGCGAGCUGGACUUCCAGACGUUCCUGCGUGGCCGCAACCAAGAAGACAGCGGAUUCGACCCAGCUUUUGUCAGAUACUGGUGGAAAGAAAUGGUCGAGUGCGUCCGGGCAGUGCAUGCCAGGGACAUUGUCCACUCAGAUCUGAAGCCUGCCAACUUUGUCCUUUGUCAAGGGCGACUGAAGGUCAUCGACUUCGGCAUUGCCAACCGGAUCGAGAUUGAAGAGACGGUCCAUGUGCAUCGCGAGUCACAGGUCGGCACCCCGAACUACUUGUCACCGGAGUCGCUGUUGGAUAUCAACGAAUAUGCCCUGAGCUCGGCCGCUCAGCGCCUGAUUACGGCGCCUCAAAACCAGAAGGUCAGGCACUAUAAGAUCGGGAAGGCCUCUGACAUCUGGAGCUUGGGGUGCAUCCUGUACCAGAUGGUGUAUGGUGCGCCUCCGUUCGCCAACUCGCCUCAUAUGAUCGCUCGGGUGCAGGCAAUCUGCGAUUGGGAUCACAUCAUCCCUUUCCCUGAGAUCGCCGUGGAUAACACCCGUCUUCCCCCGAGCUUGCUCCGCACGAUGCGGCGGUGCUUGAACCGGGAUGCGUCGCUUCGCCCCACAUGCGAGGAACUCCUCGCCAAGACGGAUCCGUUCUUAUACCCCCUGGAGCCGCAAGGCACUUGCACAUGCUGGCGGACGGCGAUCGAUGCUGGUGCCAAACAAGGAGGAGAGUAAAACUGCUUGGGGAUUGGUGGAGGAUGGUAGAGGAUUGGUCUACAUUGGAGUUUUUGGAAAAGUGGCUGUUUGGAAGACAAGCAUUCUUAUACCCGGCGCGGGGGAAAUGGUUUUGGGUCUGUUA